AUGCUUCAAUCAUUUCUCAAGGUAAUUUUUGAUGAAAAACAUCUUUUGGCAAAAAUUGACUCUGAUAUAGUAAAAAAUUGGACCAAAGUGAUUACUGAUACCGAAAUGGACUCGGAUGUACACGAUCAUUAUUCUCUAGUAUAUUCGCCUUCUGAUCAAUUGGUGGAUAAUGAUAGUAAUAAUAAUAUGUCAUCAAUAAAUGACUAA